AUGGCAAUCUUCGACACAGAAAAGCGCCCUCGAGGCCUGCGAGUUCCCUCGCUCGCCGCGAUGAAGUCCUCAGCAAUGGCGAAAUCGCGAUUCUCGUUCCACAACAAAAAGUCGACCGAAUCCGUUCCGUCCGACGAGGCAAUGUUCACUUCGCAGCCGGCAUUCCUCACGACGCCACUACCCAAGCCGGCACCCCCGCCAAACAAGGGGCUCCCAUCUCCCCCGAAAGAAGAAAUUCCAGCGCCGUCGCAGACCCCAUCCGACAACCCAUACUUCCCUUCGGUCCCCUCAUCCCGAAAUGGGAUCCCAGCACGGCGCCCAAUUGAACGCCAAUCGCACCCAGAUCUUAACGGGACCCACCAGCAACCACCCCCAGUGACCCUCUCCCCGGCACCUCCAGUCCCGGACCCAGCACAAGUCCCAGCUCUGGUCAACGACGCUCACUCCCCACAACCGGAAGAUUUCAUCCCGACCCCAGACAGCACGGAGCCGCCACUUGCAGUUCCGGAAAUGGCACGCGAGGAGCUGGCCCCCUCGCCAUUUGUCCCCCCGGACGUUGAACCUGUGACGCCGGCCUUCAACAAGGUACACCUUGCGUGCUACCAGCAGCACCGUGCGAUGCCCGUGGCACAGAACAUGUGGUGUCCGAUGCCAUGCAUGACCUGUCAUAAGUUCGACAUCGAGAUCCGGCACCGCUGCGUGUUCUGUUGCCUGAGGAUCUGUGAGAGUUGUUUCCAGUCAUUGCAGAAAUGCAAGAAUCGUUCGGUAGAGGAGCUGGUGGAUCGUAUCUCCGCAUGA